AUGGGCAUAGUGGUUGACUUGUUAGUUUUCGUUCUCUGCGGAGCUGCCCUCUGUUGUCAUGCAAUCAUGUUGGCAUCGUGCGCACUCUUGAGUCUAGAUGGAGAGACGUCCAAUGGAAGUUAUGGUCUCUUCUUUUUGAAUUUGCCUGACUCGGGAACAGAUACAUGUACAGAAAUGCGAUUCGUCGACGAAGUCAGUGGAAGAUAUGGAGACGAUGGAAUUAUCUGGCAACCAAGACAAGACACUUAUCUACGAGCUGCGCAGAUCGGUUCCUCAUUUGCAUUUGGGUGCGGCUUUGUGCUAGUAAUGUUCAUUUUUUGCCGACAAUUCUGCUGCCCCUUACCUUGCACCGAGUUUCUGAUGGACGUUUGUUGCUUGGCGAUUCAAGUUGGUUUGGGCAUGGUUUACCUAUUGUGGAUUUCAGAUGGAUGCCACUAUUUUGAAUGCGAUAUCGGAGAAGGAAGUUAUCUUCUCAUUGUGGCCCAAGCCUUGUGGUUCCUUGCGGCUUGUUUUACCAAGUGCAUGCGACCAAGUGCCUUUCAACGAAGAAAGAUGGCCGAAGAGGAAGCGAAAAAGGUCGAAGAGGAAGAGAAAAAGGCUGAGGAAGAGGAAGCGAAGAAGAAGGACCCUGAAGAUGCAUAA